CAUAUGAUUGGCGGUACUGCGCCCCAGGCCGCAGCGCUCAUGGCUCUGUCUCAGCACGGCCCGGCCCCGUGGUGGAAUUACUUCUUCCUUUACGAUGGCUCCAAGGUUAAGGAGGAGGGGGAUCCUACGAGCGCUGGGAUUUGUUAUUUUUAUCCUUCUCAGACUCUCCCUGACCAGCAGGAGCUGCUGUGUGGACAGAUUGCUGGAGUGGUACGCUGCAUGACUGAGAUUUCAGGAGUUCCUCCGAGCCUUAUUCGCUUGAGAAAGCUCAAGUUUGCAGUUAUAGUGGAUGGAGACUAUCUCUGGGUGCUGGGCUGUGCUGUUGAUCUCCCUGAUAUCAGCUGUAGACGGUUUCUGGAGCAGUUGAUCAGCCUCUUCACAUUCUACAAUGGAUCUGUGCACCAGGCUUACAUGGAGUUCUCUCAGGAGGAGCUAAACAGGCUGUGGGACAAAUACAUUGAGUAUAUCCAAAAAAGCACCAAUGACCUCCACAAGAUUUUCAAUUCUCUCUGGAAUCUGGACAAAACCAAGGUGGACCCACUGCUUUUACUGAAAGCAGCUCUCAUCCUGCAGACUUGCCAGCGGUCUCCCCACGUCUUGGCAGGCUGCAUUAUCUACAAAGGCUUGAUUGUGAGCACCCAGUUGCCACCUCCUCUCACUGCUAAAGUUCUCCUCCAGGGCAGUGAGUCUUCAGGCCAGAGUGAGCCUGGAGGUGAGGAGCAGCAGGAGCCUGGUUCUGUGCUGCCGCAGGGUGUCCGAAUCGUCCCGGUGUUCCUGACAGAAGAUGAGAUCUCAGUGCUCCGAGUGGAGUGGAUGAAUGGAUCAACCAUGGCCCCAGCAAGCCCUAGAGGAGAGAAGAACGCUCUCAGCUCCCCAGCAAUUUCAGAAUCAACAGGAAUUCACAUAAACCGAGGCCUGAAUGAUAUCUCUGUGCUCACUGAGCAAGCUUUAAGCACGGCCACACCAGAAGAUGUCGUGCAAUCAGGCAGCUUUGCAAACACAGUUCCUUCGAAGGGCUCCCCCAAAUUGGAAGCCAGGAAAAAGAGUUCUCCAAAAGCAGAACUGAGCAACCCAGGCAACAAAAGGUCAGAGCUCAGUAGAAAAGCAUCCUUCUCGUCAGAUGGACACGAAAAAGAGCUGCUGAGCCCUUCCAAUCUCCAUACUGCUCAGUAUGCUCAAACAACAGAUUCAUAUCUGGAAGGUUUUUCCUUUCCAAACCCAUAUGCCAAGGAACAGGAGAGUCAGAGCACUCAGGAAUCUCUUGUUCAUGUUGAACAACACAGUUUUCAGAGCUGUCUUGCAGACAGUGCAGGUUCAACUACCUGCUCUGCUGCCCAAGAGCUGAGCAGAAGGAAGUCGAGUGAACAAGACGAACAAGGGACUCUGAGCCAAAAUAGCAUCUGUGCAGAAAGUGAUGCAGCCAGUGGUAGUUGGAAUUUGGAUCGCCCAACCCCUGUUUCACAGUCUGAGCUCGGAAGCAAGAAUCAGUCAGUGGCUGUGGACGUUCAGGAGGGGCUGCCCAGUGCCCCAGCAGAGAACACAGGCUGUACUCAGAGUGGGGAGCAGGACUGGCCUCAGGCAGGCAGCCCGGCGGCUCAGGGCACGCAGUCAGACAAGAACUGCAAGUUCAUUCAGAUGAGCUUGUAUGUCCACAGCAUCAAGGGGCUCGUGCUCUCUCUGCUAGCUGAAGAUCGCCUCCGAGAUGACCAGAGCUCAAUUGAGGAUGUGUACCACAGCAGUCUGGCUUCUCUGAAUGGCCUCGAGGUUCAUCUGAGGGAGACUUUGCCCAAAGACUUUCUGUCCUCAGCCAAGGCAACUUACAGCUUCACUCACUAUGACUGCAUCCAGAAUGUGCUCACAGCCAAUGUGCCCCAUCCACCUGGCCCACUGGAUCGGCACUUCCUGAGGGCUGCCACGCUGAUCCACUCCGACUUCAAUCAGCUUCCAACUGUUUCAGAAGUGAUUGUAAGGAAUGCCUCCACAGCAGUGUAUGCCUGCCGGAACCCCGUCCAGGAGACCUACUUCCAGCAGCUGGGUGCUCCUCUCCGCAACUCGGGUGCUCCCAACCCUCAGGACAGUGCUUUCAGCUUGCCUAACAAGGCCAAGCAAAAGCUGCUGAAGCAUGGAGUGAACCUACUUUGAACUGAUGCACCGAGGCAGCGUAUCUCAGCGAUAAUGAAAGCUGGUUCAUCUCCAGGAACCAAAUUCUCAAAGCUGUUUGUUCUGUAAGCACCGUGCUCUGUGCUACCUGUGGUCUCCAGCCUGCUCUGAUGAAGGAGCACUCUUAUUGCCCUGCUCCUGCAGCACGUGGUGCAUGAUGUCAUUGAUGUUAGCACUUACCAAAGACUGAAGAUAGAAAAUAGCUGUGUUGGGGUGUUCAGUUUACGUUGACUUGUAGGACUCCUUGUGGUGCUCUGCCACUACAGACAGGCUCACAGAGUGCCUUGACCAAAAGUAGAACCUCUCCUUGCUCUGAGCUACACAGGACAGUGAAUUACUGGGCAGUGCUUGCUUUCAAACCCUGCACUCGCCUUGAGUUCUGUUACUGUGUUUGUCCUGGUAAGACUGGGGCUUUUUUUAUACCUCUUUAUCUACAGAAAUGAUUCCCUGCUACAACAUAGUGCCUUAUCUUGAUUAAUAGCUUGCCAGCUGACUAACUGGAAUAGAACAAGUGCUGCAAAAUUCCUUACUCCCCUCCAGUAGCUGUCAGUAGGUUUUAUUCUGUAGCUGCAUUUGGCAAAUCCUUGUCCCUCUGCCCAUGCCUGCUCAGUGUUCCCUCCAAGCUACCCACCAGAAAGCAGGAAGGUGCUGCAAACCUCUGGAUGCACUACAACCCUCUGCUCCUCAGCCAGCCAUGUCCUUCCCCUCCUGUUGGAGUACCAUGCUUCACCUCCUGGCUUUCUGUUUGUUUGCACUCCAUUGGCUGAGAAGGUAGGGGCCAGCCCCUUAAGCUGAUGAGACCAAAGAGGCUUUGUAGCUCCUUGGCACUUGCUGUCUUUCUGCUUGUCAUCCCCUGGUCAGUGACUUGCUGGGGUGGGACAGGCAGUGGUGGCUGCUAGCCCUGAGUGAUGAAUCCUGCCAUGACUGUGCUGUGUUCUGAGGCUGCUGCUGCUACGUACAUGCACAUCACUGUGAAAAUAAAAGUCUGAGGCUCA